AUGGGCGCGGGCCAGCUGCGCGAGAUCCGCGACCGCAUCAGCUCGGUCAAGAACACCCAGAAGAUCACGGACGCCAUGCGCCUGGUCGCGGCCGCCAAGGUCCGCCGUGCGCAGGACGCCGUCCUGCGCACCCGCCCCUUCUCCGAGGUCCUGCAAAAGGUCCUCGGCGGCCUCAUCAACCGCCUCCGCGGCGACUUUGCAGACCUCCCGCUCCUCGCCCCGCGCGAAACUAACAAGGUCCUGCUCGUCGUCAUCACGGGCGACCGCGGCUUGUGCGGCGGCUACAACAACUACGUCAUCAAGAAGACCGAGAACCGCAUCAAGGAGCUCAAGGCUGCUGGUGUUGCCGUCGAGCUCAUCACCAUCGGCCUCAAGGGCCAGACCUACUUCAAGUCCCGCGAAACCCCCAUCAACCGCCACUUCCUCUGCACCCAGGCCCCCACCGCCGAGCAGGCCACCAGCAUCUCCGACCAGCUGCUGGCCGAGUUCCUGUCCGGCGACGCCGACCGCAUCGAGCUCGUCUACACCCGCUUCGUCUCCCUCAUCGCCUCCGAGGCCGCCCUGCGCACUAUCCUCCCGCUCUCGCCCCAGGGCCUGGAGUCGGAGGAGGACGAGAUCUUCCAGCUCACCACCGUCGACGGCGCCCUGGGCGUCAAGGUCGAGACCGUUGACCGCGCAGCCCCCGAGAAGUUCCCCCCUGACAUGAUCUUCGAGCAGGACCCCCUCCAGAUCCUCAACGCCAUCCUCCCGCUCUACCUCAACGGCCAGAUCCUCCGCACUCUGCAGGAGUCCGUCGCCUCCGAGCUCGCCGCCAGGAUGAGCGCCAUGUCCAACGCCUCCGACAACGCCAAGGAGCUUGGAAAGGACCUCAGCCUCACCUACAACCGCGGAAGGCAGGCCGCUAUCACCCAGGAGAUUUCCGAGAUUUGCGCAGGCGCUAUGAUUUGA